GUUGCCCUCUGUGCUUGGGAAUCACUUCCAAUCCCUUCAGACUCUUGCUUGUUUCUCAGCAAGUAGCAGCUCACCUCUAAAUCCCUUAACAACAUGGCACCAAAGAAGAUUGAACCAAAGAAACCUGAGCCCAAAAAGCCAGAGCCUAAGAAAGAUGCGGCUCCAGCUGCUAAACCAACUCCACCUCCAGAGCCGCUGCCCGAGCCGCCCAAGGAGCCCCCUUUUGACCCUAAAAGCAUCACUCUUGAGUACUCCGCCGACCAGAUCGAGGAGUUCAAGGAGGCCUUCACCUUGUUCGACCGCACACCGACUGGAGAAAUGAAGAUCACGUACGCGCAGUGCGGAGACGUGAUGCGGGCUCUGGGCCAGAAUCCAACCAACGCAGAUGUGCUCAAAGUGCUUGGGAAACCUCGGCCAGAGGACAUGAGCACUAAAAUGGUGGACUUUGAGACCUUCUUGCCAAUGCUGCAGCACAUCUCCCGUGCAAAAGAUCAAGGCAACUUUGAGGAUUUUGUGGAGGGGCUCAGGGUUUUUGACAAAGAAGGCAACGGCACCAUCAUGGGAGCUGAGCUGCGUCAUGUGCUGGCAACACUGGGAGAGAGGAUGACGGAAGAUGAGGUGGACAGACUGAUGGCGGGACAGGAGGAUGCCAAUGGGUGUAUCAACUAUGCCUCCUUUGUUAAGCAUAUUCUCUCCGGGUGAAAGGGACAUUCAGCCAUAAAGACUUAACCUCUGUUUACUCCACUUUUUGCAUCUUUGCUAAGCAUAUGCCAAUUCAGAGGUGAGCAUGUCACUUAGUCUUUGACCGUAUUUUGGUGUCAAGAGCAGCAGUUAAUGUUCAAUGAGAAAAUGUUGGCCUCGAGACUUAUGAUUAGUUCUUUUUAAUAAACACUCUGAAAUAUAAUGAAACUCCGCAGAGAUAAUAUGGACGUCCAUAAGCCAUAAAAAAAAAAAAAAAAAAACCUCCAUUAAUAAAGGAAAUAUAAUU